AGUAGAGAAGUUCUCACUGGGUGCAGGUGGCUUUUCUGUUUAUUUGUCCUAUUUUACACAACCACAGUAUGCACUACAUUGGAUUUGUUUUAUCUAACCUACCAACAGUUCACUUAAAAAAAUUAUCAACUCAAAGAGAUUUUAAUUAUGUUGUCAAACCUUUGAAUUUGGAUCCUCUUGGUUUCUAUCUGAUAAGAUUACAGGGAGGUAGUUUAGCAAACACUAAAUGUUGCUAAGCUUUCACUCACUUUUGACUCAGAAAGUUCACAAAGUGUUUUUUACUUGUCACAAAAAUCAUUUUAGCUCUGUGUUGCUCAUGCAACAGAAUGCUCAUUUAGAAUUGAUACAUUUCUAUCCUUUUUAUUGUGUGAAUAGAACCAACUGCUCUGGAAAUAUUAAUUAAAUGUCACAUCCUGGGCUGACAUUGCCUUCUAUUAAUUACAUAAUAGUUAGUUCAGGGGGUACCCCAUGAGAGUCCCAUCCAAAUUCCUCUGCUGGCCACUAUAUGCUUUUAUUUUGCUUAUUUAAUGACUAAGACGACUUACAAGACUACAUAUUUAUUGAAGUUAACGUGGCUUCCUGCACUGCUUUUCAAGGUCACUCUAUUCCCAUCCCCCAGCUCCUACACCUUUUUCUUAUUAUUCACGUGCAAAACGCGUGUAGUUCAUCCAUAAAACCACUAGAGGACCCCUCUUUACGUCCCACCCUCCUCCCUCCAUCCCCACUUUACUCCCACCUCCUCUUCCUUGGUUCCCGGUGCUUAGAUGCUCGUAAGACCGGUGUUUAAUCGCUCCGUCAGCCUAAAACAUUCACAUUGUAUAAGGUUUUUAUUUGACCAUCUGCGCCGGAGAAAGACGGGUUAACGGGAGCAGAUAUUUGUGAUAUCCCCCAAUUUGACCUACAAGUGCAAGAAGACAAAACAGGCUAAAAAUCUGCCUUCAGAAUUUAUAGUCCCACUUGACAGUGAGGAGCCAGGGCUUCAUAUAAAUGGCUGACAAGCAAAUCAGUUUGCCUGCCAAAUUGAUCAAUGGGGGUGUCGCUGGUCUAAUUGGAGUCACCUGCGUGUUUCCCAUCGACUUGGCCAAGACUCGCUUGCAAAACCAGCAAAAUGGAUCUCGCCUUUAUACAAGCAUGUAUGUCUUAUCCUCACACACAAGCGCUGACAUCAGCGUAACGUCCGUCUGUUUUUUUUUUUUUUUGUAUUUCAGGUCAGACUGCCUUAUCAAGACCAUCCGCUCAGAGGGAUACUUUGGGAUGUACAGGGGAGCGGCAGUGAAUUUAACACUGGUCACACCAGAGAAAGCCAUCAAAUUGGCCGCCAAUGACUUCUUCAGGCAUCACCUCUCCAAGGAUGGAAAGCUCACUUUGCUCAAAGAGAUGCUGGCUGGGUGCGGCGCAGGCACUUGCCAGGUUAUUGUCACUACUCCUAUGGAGAUGUUGAAAAUUCAGCUCCAAGACGCUGGACGUAUUGCGGCUCAGAGGAAGCUGAUGCCAGAGUCGGUGCCAGCAGGCACCGUGGAAGCCAAGUCGCCAACUGCCAUGCAGCUCACCAGACAAUUACUGAGUGAAAAAGGAAUUGCUGGAUUAUACAAGGGUCUCGGCGCCACAUUGCUCAGGGACGUUCCUUUCUCCAUCAUCUACUUCCCUCUUUUUGCUAACCUGAACAACUAUGGAAAGCGAGGCGCCGAAGGACCCGCUCCUUUUUACGUUUCCUUCAUAUCGGGCUGCUUAGCAGGGAGCACGGCCGCCGUGGCGGUCAACCCGGUCGACGUCAUAAAGACGAGACUUCAAUCUUUGAACCGGGGGAGCACGGAGGACACGUACAGCGGAGUGACUGACUGCAUCAGGAAAAUCUUGCGUAACGAGGGUCCGUCAGCAUUCCUAAAGGGAGCCUACUGUCGAGCCUUGGUGAUCGCGCCGCUCUUUGGCAUUGCCCAGGUGGUCUACUUCUUGGGCGUGGGCGAGUAUAUUCUCAGCUUCUUGCCCAAAAGGGACAACUAGGAAGCACAUCCUUCUCUGCCUUUCCUGCGUGAGGAGUCAUCUCAUUCUUACUGACCUUUAUGUUUGUAUUUUUGAUGAUCACGUGCUGCGUUUUAGUUCAAACUUAUUGUCUCGAAUGUCCGAAUCAUGCAGGAGGGAAUCUCCGUUUUGCUGCCAAGCUGCCUCUGUCGGCGCAUAUCAAUUCUGAAAUCAAGCCGCGAGCGUCAGCUGGAGUUUUUGAAGGAGGCUGAAUUUGGAAUUACACAAUAUGUCGUUUUAUACUAUGAUUGUUGAACUUUCGGUGUAGACUGCUUGCCCUUGGUUGCUGCAGAUUUGCAAGCUCCUCCUUACUUACACCUCUCCAAAUCAAAUAGACUAGCGACACAUAAAAAAAAUAGAAUUACCUUAAUGAUAAGCACACAUAUCGGGAUUUUUACUAACAAAGGCUCUUCAGGAUAUUUCCCAAUGCUCGUGUUUGAAAACAUAGCGCUGAAAAAUAUAAAGGGAACGCUACAUGAAUGAAAGAUUCCACUGUAAAAAAAUUUGUAUGUUGAAUUACAUAAAUUAAUGAUUUUUUUGACCGCCAAAUAACAUGAUAAACAUCCCUGGAAACUGAGAUCAUACACAAAAGUAGAAACACUCGAUCACAGGCUGAUCCAAGUUCAAUGUUUCCGUAAUACACUCUUGACUAUGGCGCUGCUUACACAGCAUACCCUCUGGCCAUGGCGAUUUUGCGUGGAGAAUCUGCACUGCCUGAGCGACUCGUGUGGGCUGCAGAUAAAGGCCUCAGGUAUCUAUACUUGCGGUGAGAGCACUGGAAGCAAAUGGGCAAAUAUCCCGUUAGCACAACAGCAGCGAAGACUGAUUUUCAAUCGUCAUGGCUAGCAAGUUCAUGUCCCUUAUGUGUGACUGACUUAGAUAAAAAUGUGUUCCCUUUUGCAUUAUUCUAAUUGUGUAGUGCAGGGAAUGUGUUGUGAUACCAGCACACCCGACAAGCCACGACCCUUAAACCAUACGACGACAUUACCUCCUUUUUUUUUUUUUUUUUUUUUAAGUAGAUCAGAUUCCUACCGAUGCUUUCAUAGUGACUCUACUGCUCACCUUGUCUCAAAGAUCCUUCUGAGUAUCUGUCACUUAUCAUGCAAGGCAGUUUCUAAAUCAUUGUUUACAGAAUAGUUCAGUUGAUGUUGAUUUAUGAAACUUAUCCGAACUUGAAUGAACUGGCAGGGCCCAAAGAGCCAAUGACAAAGUUUUAUCAUGAAAUCCCGAAUCAAAACCAAUGUUUUGUUUUGUUUACGUGCUUGUUUGCUUUAAGCUGCCCGGGAAAGCAGCCUGGUUUUAUCUCAAUGUUUGCAUCGCACCUCCAAAACCCCUGCCGUUGUUUUAUCUAACCGGAGAUCAAGGUGACUUUAACGUCUUUUUAAUCCAAUCACAUUCCGUCCGUUCUGGCGCCCACUUUGCUGUAUUGUUGCACUGUAGAUAUAUCUGAUGCAACUUUUUAACGUGUACUCAUCUGUGGGAGUAAGAACUAUUUAUCAAGUGUCCAUUUCUAUGGAUGGUGCGGCACUGUAUGUUUAUGUGUUGUUGACGUGUCCACCUUGAUUAUAUUAUACAUAUGCAGAUGCUAUGAAGUCUAUGCUUUAGGAUGUAUUGUUUUGUACAUGAUAGCUUUUUUUUUGUUGUUGCACACCUACCUCUCCUGCCUUUAUCCAUAACGUGGUGAUUUUUUCGUUAUGAUGAAUUAAUGCAACAACCAUCAUUUUUGCUUACAUGUGAAUGGGCAAAUGCAGUCAGGCAUUCGCAUGCUUGGAGGGGUCAGUUAUUACAUGGACCUUAAGCUGGAUAUCAAGGCAAUUGAAUAAAUGCUAAGGGGCUUUCCAUAAGUCUCAUGAGUCUCAGCAUUGUCUAUUUGGAUAUAAAUGACGCAUCAUGUAAUGGUGAUAGAACUAUAAUAAGCUGCAGGCGAGUAACCUUUGGCCUUGCUGAAAUGAAGGGUCCGAUGGAUGAGGCCCGGCUGACUUGAAAGUAUAAAUGUAACAAUCGGUCUUUCUGAACGCUGCUCCCUCCAUUAAACGGCCGCGCCACGAUGGACACGCCGUUAAUGAAAGCGACCGAAUCACAUACAGGCAAUUGUCAGCAGUUUUAAAGCGAAAGCCAUAAGGUUGCGUUCGCCCGUAAUGACUACAACGGCUGAUCCACCCAAAAAAACAUCUCGUGUAAGCUCAUCAUCGUAAAUGACGCUUCCCUCAACAUUCCAGCUUCUGUUUUCACCUCAUGUAUGCGGUUCCUGUGAUUAUGCCCGUUUUGAGUGCUGUCAAUGAUUUUCUUAAAUCUCUGCCCUGUUUUAUUUUUAGCUUUGACAAUGUUGUGUAAGUCAUCAAACUUUACUUAUGCCACAAAUUAUUGCUGAUCUUGUGAAUUUGGUUAUGUGAGUGCGUGUGUCCAGACAGUGUAGUGUUGUAGCUGAUAUGUAGUGGUUCGCUUUGCUUCUGUCUGUCACACUCUCGUGUCGUCCCUCUCUCCAUGUGCAGAAGAAUUGUAACACACCAAGGGGUCUAUUUUUGUAGACGGCACAUCUGCACAAAAGCGUGCAGAAGCCUUUGCUAAUUUGGCAGACAAAUCUCUGGCAAGAUGGGCGAGGAGGGGUCUUUGAUUGGCUAUGAAUGAAGUCGGCCUCUUCUACAAAAUUUCAUCAGAGUUUAAUUGGUUGAAAUUGGGCAAAAAUGGGCAGAUUUUUGCUGAUUGGUUUUUUUUUUGUGUUCACAUUAGCACAAGAUAAAAAAAAAAGUCAUUCGUAGCUUCAUUUUCUAAGAGACCAGAAAAUAAAUUAUUUCAUUUAUUGUAUAUUUUUCUUAAACUAAUCUGCCGAUUAAUCGGGUGUUGGAUUUUUUUUUUUUUUUUAUUCUGCCAAAUAUUGGAUUUGAAUUUACGCCGAUCACAAAAAUGGACCCCUUGAGUGUAUGACGACUGAGUGUUUUUUAAAGAAAGCACAAAGGAGGACUAAGGCACACAGGAUCAUAUUUUGCUGACUGACCGUUCCAAAGGGUGUGUAGUCGACACACAGAUUCAAAUGUGAAAUGUCUUAAAGUUCUUUUGAAAUGAAGAAUUUCUAUUUACUGCGUUGAGGCAACAGAGGCCCGUGUGAUGGUGUGCACUAUGAGCUUUGAUCCACAGAAUAUAAAUAUAUAUAUUGCCUACAUAUUCUAAAAUAAUCAAAUACAAGAAUGUAACUUAGAUAGUAUUAUAAGAUGUAUUUAGUGAAUAAUUCAUCUAAAGAUUUAUCGCAUUACACAUGCACACAAAGCCAGCUCACUGAUAUGCAAUAAGUAGAAGCGGCACAUACUAGCAACAAAAAUAAACUUAUCCACCUUUUUAGGGUCCGGGCCCUUCUCACAAACUGUUCACUUCCUCCGAGAGGAAUUGUGCAUUAUAUAGCACUAAAAAAAAAAACACAGCAACAAUUCCCAAUCCUACCAAUCUCUGUUUAUCUUCAUGUACGCUGAUUGACACAUGUUCUAUGCAUUGUUUACGAUGCCAUGGUUAAAAAAAAAAAAAAAGUUAUAGUGUUUCCUGUCACGAUUUGCUGUUCAAUAAACUGACUGUACUUAAA